AAAGAGGAGCCAUUGGUCACUGGUGGUAUUUUAUUAACAUGUGGUGCUGUAACAUUAGCAGCAAAAGCUGUUAGAAAUGGUAAUAGAGCUGCUGCUCAAAAGUGGUUCAGAUACAGAGUUGGUUUUCAAGCUUUCACCAUAGUUGUUCUAGUUGCUGGUGGUAUUCUUUAUGAAAAUAAAUCUAAACAAACCACCAGAUCCAGAGAAGAAUUACUAGCCGAAAAGGCCAAAAUCAGAGAACGUUUGUGGAUUGAAGAAUUAGAAAAAAGAGAUCUUGAAAUCAAACAAAGGCAAAGAAGAGCCGAGUAUGUUAGGGCUGCAAAAUUAGAAGCUGCUGAA